UCAUUUUCUUCUCUUUUUACAAUAUUCAUGGCUGUUAUUGCGGAGCAAGAGGCACCUCCAGGAUCAUACCAAGAAAUAGGAGGAGAAUAUAACCUAUCCGAACAUGCUAAACACGCUGAGAGCAAAGACGCCCCUGCUGAUACAGCGGAGAAUGACUUUCCGGCUGAUCAUCAGAGCAAACAAAGAAUUGCCGUCGUGAUGACAGCCCUCAGUUUAUGCGUCUUUUUAGCUGCACUAGACAUUACAAUUGUCUCAACAGCCCUUCCAGAAAUGGUAGCCCAUUUCAAAGCUUCUGACAGCGCCUACACCUGGAUCGCAUCCUCGUACCUCCUAGCCAAUGCCUCUUGUGUGCCGCUGUGGGGUCGAAUCAGUGACAUCUGGGGCCGCAAGCCCAUACUCAUGACCGUCGUGGUCCUGUUUCUGGGAGGAAGCUUGAUCUGCGGCGUGGCAAUCAACACCGCAAUGGUCAUCGCGGGCCGCGCCAUCCAAGGCAUAGGCAGCGGCGGCAUCACCGUGUUAGCCAAUAUUUGUGUAUCCGACAUGUUCAACGUGCGCCGCAGGUCCGCCUAUCUUGGCAUAUUCGGAGCAACCUGGGCCAUUGCUGGUGCCAUCGGACCCAUCAUCGGUGGCGCCUUCACCACCUACGCCACCUGGCGAUGGUGCUUCUACAUUAACCUCCCCAUCGGCGGCCUCGCCUUCUUCGGCCUCCUCUUCUUCCUCCAGCUAGACACCGCACCUCUCACCCCUCUCAAAACAGGCCUCCUCUCCCUCGACUGGAUCGGACUCGCCCUCAUCGUCGGCGCAACACUCAUGCUCCUCUUCGGCCUCGAACUGGGCGGCUCACUCCACCCAUGGUCCUCAGCCACCAUCAUCUGCCUGCUAAUCUUCGGGGCCCUCACAGCCGGCAUCUUCCUCGUAUACGAACACCGAUUCGCACACAUCCCCAUCAUCCCCACAACCCUCUUCUCCAACAGCUACAACCUCAUCAUCCUCCUAAUCAACUUCUGCCACUCCACCGUCUUCCUCGGCGCCUGCUUCUACCUCCCCGUCUACUUCCAGAACAUCCUCCUCGCCAGCUCCCUCCUAAGCGGCGUCUACCUCCUCCCCCUCGUCCUCGCCCUGGCCGUCUCAUCCGGACUCGCCGGUUUCGUCAUGCGCACGACCGGCCGCUCCCGCGAAGCCAUCAUCCUAGGCAUGUUCCUGACUACCCUGGGAUAUGGCCUACUCAUCGACCUCCCUGCCACUACAUCCUGGCCGCGUAUUAUCCUUUUCCAAGUCGUCGCGGGACUCGGCAUUGGUCCGAAUUUCCAGGCUACCUUGAUUGCUCUGCAGGCUAAUACUACUCCUGCUGAGAUGAAUCGCGGUACUGGGACGUUCUCGUUUGUAAGGCAGUUGGCUGCUGCUGUGUCGGUCGUGGUGGGGUCUGUGCUGUAUGCGCGCGCCGCGGACGGACAACGCAGCGUCAUGGCUGCGGUGUUGGGGGAUACGGUUGCGCAGGAGAUCGUGGAAGCAUCGACGGCUGCGGCGGCGAUUGUGGAGACGUUGCCUGUUGGUGAGAAGAGGGUGGUUGUGUUCAAUGCGUUAACCGCUGCGUUGCGCUGGGUGUGGGUGUUGUAUACUGGUGUCGCGGGGGUGGGGUUCUUGAUUAGUUUGUGUUUGAGGGAUUUGAGACUGGGAGAUGCGCAUCAAAGACCAAAGAAGGAGAUGGAUGAGGGGCUGAAGAUGGAGGGGGGAUCUAUGGCGAGGUGA